AUGAACAACCAAUUGGACCAAGAGGAGGACUCAAAUUUAGAGGAGUAUAAGGCCUUAACUUCGACCUUACUGAGUUUUUAUAAUUUUAAUAAAUGGGAAUAUGAAGAAUUGAUAAAACCAAGAAAUAUUAAACAAGCAUCCUUAAGUGAGCAAGAAUUAGAAUUAAUCCCAUGGUAUCCUAAGCAUACGAGUGAUUUAGAGAUGACAAUUGGCAUUAACGAAGAGUUCACUAAAACCUUGGCUAUGAAUAUUGCUGCAGAUUGGGGGGUUUCGUCCAACCCACAAGAGUGGGCUGCAUGCUCAAAUUCUGAUUAUGAUAAAGUAAGGUCAACUUUACUACAGUUAUCUCGUGAAUGGAGCACUGACGGAGAAAAAGAACGUGAAAUUACAUUUGGGCGUAUAAUAAAGGAAUUAAAUUAUAGAUACCCUAAUGAAAAGGAAAGACAGAAUAUCAAGAUUUUGGUACCUGGUUGUGGCUUGGGAAGAUUAGUCUUAGAUCUUGUAAAAGAGGGUUUUUGGUGCCAAGGGAAUGAAUUUAGCUAUCAUAUGCUUCUCACAUCAAACUUUAUGCUAAACCACUGUAAAUAUGCUAAUAACUAUUCAAUAUUUCCUUUCGUGCAUAAGCAAUCACACGUCAUUAAACGUUUAAACCAACUACGCCCAAUAACAAUACCUGAUGUGAAUCCUUUAUCUAUCCACGAGCUAGCUGCAAAAAAUCCUGAUAUACCUUAUGGAGACUUAAUGUCCAUGACUGCAGGAUCAUUUGUUGACUUAUACGGGCCGCCAAACUUGAUGUACUCCGAAACAUAUACAAGUGACCCUGUAGCUAAUCAAUUUCGUAAUGAAAACUUCGAACGAUUCGAUGUAGUCUCAACUUGCUUUUUCCUUGACACAGCUUCCAACAUAAUUGACUACCUAAAGGCUAUAUUUCACUGUUUAAAACCAGGUGGUACAUGGAUUAACUUCGGGCCACUUUUAUGGCAUUUCGAGGAUGACGCGCAAACUCACUUUGUCACUAAGCAAUUGAGUAAAGGUGGUCCUCUACAAUCAAUUCCGACUAUUAUGAAAG